AUGUAUGAAGGACCACGAAAAGGCGACACGAACAACGAUUUGAGUGGCGACGAAAGUCAUGAUGAAAAAAUCCGCAGCAUAAAAGAGGACUUUGAAAAACACAAAAAGGACCAUCGGGAGCUCAAAGAUCAACUUUUUACUCUCGUGGAGGACAAUAAACGUCUUAAAGACGCCAUUAAAACCGACAUUAAGAAGCCCCAUCAGCUGGAUCAAGAAACGGAAAGACUUAAAAAGCAAAUUUCCGUGUUGAGUAACGAAAAUAAAAAUUUAGAACAACUUUGGCAGACAUCUCAAAGGACUGUGACGACGCUCGAAGCGGAAAUCGCUCGUUAUCGCCAACAACUCUCGCGACCGGAUUCAAUUUUCUCAUUGAAACAAGAAUAUGCACGUCGCGUCAAAGAAAUGGAAAGCAACUUAAAGGACUGUAAAUUAAAUUUGGAGCGAGAAACAGGACUGAAUACCGAACUGAAACGAGAAAAAUCCGAAAUGGAUGGAAAAUCGCGACUUUUGGAGCAAAAAUUCCAAGAAAUUCUCCUGCAAAAGAAACAAAUCAUCGAUAAAUGCAUGAAAACUGACGCCGCAUUGACAAAUGCACGCGCUCAAAUUCAAUUACUGCAAAAAGACAAGUUACAAUUGGAACAACAACUGCAGGCAGCGAAUCAAGCCGUUAAAGAACACGUAGCGAAAGAAAAUGAAGCAAUAUCCAAAGUACAUGAGGCUUUAACGCUCGCCGAAUCAGCAAUUAGUGAAAAAGAAGCUUGUCUUGCACGCGAAAAGGAAAGUCGCGAAGAAGUUGACUACCUGGCACGAACAAUUGGACAAGUGAUGGAAGAGGCAGCAAAAAAAGUAGACGACGAUAUCGAAGUUUUGCGCAAGGAACACAACAAAGAAGUCGAAAAAUUGGAAGAAGCUUUGGAAAAAAGCAAAGCUGCGUUGGAAAAUCAAACGAGAAAGACAAAAAUCGCAGAACAAAAGUACAAAGAAAUGGAGGAACGUGCAAAAAAUUUGUCAAAAACGAACAUUAUGUUGGAUAACGAUCUUCAUAAAGCGUCUCAGACUAUCAUCGAUUUAGAGCUCAAAAUCGACACUUUAGACAAGUCAGUGAAGAAAGAACAGGAACAUAGUCGUCUCUGCGAGGAACGUGCCCGACAAUUGCAGGAUUUAGUUGAGUCCAGUAAACGAAUGAAGCAUGGAUGGAAGCAGAUGACGUUAGAUAUCACCUCAAAACUGCAAGGAAAAAUCAAUGAACUGUCUCUGGCGAACAGGAAACUCGAAACGGAAAAUUGUAAGCUGAAGAAAUCCUUGAUGGGCACGCGAACAUCGAAACCUUUGAUGAGUUCAACGACCUCCAGCACUGACAGGUCCAGCAAUAAAGACGAAGAAAGCUAA